AUCCCUCAUCGCCAUCCCGGACUCUGCUCUUCAACCCACGAGCAACUAACCCACAGAUCCAAGAUGCCUCCCAAGUCCGGCAAGAAGGUCGCUCCCGCCCCUUUCCCUCAGGGUAAGGCUGGUCGCAAGGCCCCCAAGAACCCUCUCCUCGAGAAGCGACCCCGCAGCUACGGUGUCGGCCAGGACAUCCAGCCCAAGCGAAAUGUCUCCCGCAUGGUCAAGUGGCCCGAGUAUGUCCGCCUCCAGCGACAGAAGAAGAUCCUUCAGAUGCGCCUGAAGGUUCCUCCUGCUCUCGCCCAGUUCCAGCACGUCCUCGACCGCAACACCGCCGCCCAGGCUUUCAAGCUCCUCAACAAGUACCGACCUGAGACCAAGGCCGAGAAGAAGGAGCGUCUCCUCCAGGAGGCUACCGCCGUCAAGGAGGGCAAGAAGAAGGAGGAUGUCUCCAAGAAGCCCUACACCGUCAAGUACGGCCUCAACCACGUCGUUGGCCUGAUUGAGAACAAGAAGGCUUCCCUCGUCCUCAUCCCCAACGACGUUGAGCCUAUUGAGCUCGUCGUCUUCCUUCCCUCUCUGUGCAAGAAGAUGGGUAUCCCCUACGCCAUUGUCAAGGGCAAGGCCCGUCUCGGCACUGUUGUCCACAAGAAGACCGCUGCUGUCCUCGCCAUCACCGAGGUCCGCUCCGAGGACAAGAACGAGCUCUCCAAGCUCGUCUCCGCUGUCAAGGAUGGUUACCUUGAGAAGCACGACCAGGCCCGCCGACACUGGGGUGGUGGUAUCAUGGGCGCCAAGGCCCAGAAGCGGAUUGAGAAGAAGCAGAAGGCUCUCGAGGCUGCUACCAAGAUCUAA